GAACAAUAAGCCCGUCGCAGUUUUACGCGACAUGGGGAUUGAUUUGUGACCUGAAUACAACUGCUAUCUAUAAAUCUUCUACCCGGUGUUGAGCCUCUCUCUAUACCUACAAUCGCGACAUCUUACGUCAGCCCGAAAACGCAAAAUGCCCGAACGGGUCCGCACCGUCUUCGACGACGAGGACAACGCCAUCACCGUUAGCAAAGCCUCUCCCUCGAAUACGGAGGCCGAAGGAAAGGAAGCGCAAUUACCGUCGGAAUCUCCCCGCUCGAAACGGAAGGAAUCCGAGGUCGAUGCGAAGGACGAUGGAUUGAACAAGCAGAAGAGCAAGAAGAACAAGAAGCGGAAGGUCGAAGGAGGGAGUGCGGGGGUGAAGGGAGAGAUGAACGGUGUGGUGGACGCCAAUGCAGAUGCAGAGAAAGCAGCGCUGCGGGCGAAGAAGGCCAAAAAGAAGCACGCUGCCCGGAAGGAAGGAGAGGAGGAAGUGAAGCCUAAGGAUAGUGGAAAGCCACCGCUACACCACCGCAACAACAACACGACGGCGACGACGGCGACGACGACGAAACCGAAACACGGAUCGACCAGGAACCACACCUACGGUCCGCUGCGCGAGAAGGCGCAGGCGCUCUACCAGCUGCGCAAGAACCUGCCGAUUUUUCCCCACGCGGACGAGAUCCGCGGGCACCUGCGCCGGAACGACGUGAUGCUGCUGAUCGGAGAGACGGGUAGCGGAAAGAGUACGCAGAUCCCACAGUUUCUGGUCACGGAGAAGUGGUGUCGGCCGGUGAAGGCGAUGAUUUCGGAAACGGCGGAGGGCGGAGCGGUGGAGAAGGUGAAGGAGGUGCAGGUGGGCGGAUGCAUUGCCAUCACGCAGCCGAGAAGGGUGGCUGCGAUCUCGUUGGCGAGGCGCGUCGCGGAUGAGAUGGGCACGCCGCUGGGAAACUCCUCCCCGGCGAGUCGGGUCGGGUACUCGGUGCGGUUUGACACGUCGACGUCGCCGAGUACGCAGGUCAAGUUCCUCACGGAGGGGAUGCUACUCCAGGAGAUGCUGCAUGAUCCGUGGUUGACCAAGUAUAGUGCCAUUGUGGUGGAUGAGGUGCACGAGCGCGGUAUCAAUGUGGAUCAGGUGCUGGGGUUUUUGAGGAAUAUGGUAUCGGGCAAGCUGGAGGGCCGAGGAGGAGUGCCCUUGAAGGUCGUGGUUAUGAGUGCUACGGUUGAUAUGGAGACCCUCACGGGCUUUUUCCAGGAAGGGUUGCAGUCCCGGCGUGCUAUUGAAGGGGCUACGGAGGUGAGCAAGGCGGCAGAGAGCCCGUCUGAGGACAAAAAGGAAGAGCAAGGCAUCGCCGCGUGCCAUAUCAAGGGUCGUCAAUUUCCAGUCAAGGUCAUCUACUCGCCAGAGCCUGUCCAUGAUUUUAUCGACGCAGCGCUCAAGGUGAUCUUCAACAUUCAUUACAAAGAGCCUCUGCCGGGUGACAUCCUGGUUUUCUUGACAGGACAGGAGACGGUGGAAGCGCUCGAGAAUCUCGUGAAUGAGUAUGCAGUCGGAAUGGACCCUGCCCUGCCUAAAAUCCAGGUUCUGCCACUCUUCGCUGCCCUGCCCCAAGCUGCCCAGCAACGAGUCUUCCUUCCUGCGCCGCCCCGGACCCGAAAGAUCAUUCUAGCCACAAACAUCGCCGAAACCUCCGUCACGGUGUCUGGGGUGCGGCAUGUGGUUGAUUGUGGUAAGGCAAAGGUCAAGCAAUUCCGCUCGCGUCUGGACUUGGAUGAAACCAACACUCCGGAAAUCCUCCGUUGUGAUUUGAGUCAAGCGUUGCUCAACAUGAAGGCUCGCGGUGUCGACGACAUUAUGGGAUUCCCAUUCCUGACGCGACCGCCACGAGAGGCUUUGGAGAAGGCGUUGUUGCAGCUGCUGAGCAUUGAUGCCUUGGAAGAGACCGGCAAGAUUAGCUCGGUCGGGAAGCACAUUGCCAAGCUUCCUCUCACGCCCACACUGGGUCGAGUGCUGCUGGCCGCUUCUGAGUUUGGGACGGAUUGUCUGUUAGAUGUUAUCGAUAUCAUAUCGUGUCUCAGUGUGGAGAAUAUCUUUCUAAAUACGACCUCGGAGGAAAAGAAGGAAGAGGCGGAGGUUGCGCGACGGGAUCUGUAUCGGAGAGAAGGCGAUCAUCUCACCAUGAUGGCUACAGUGCAAGCUUACGCUGCCGAGAACACCGAUCGGAAAGCGUGGGCUGAGAGACAUCUCGUCUCCCACCGGGCCAUGCAGUCUGUUAUGGAUGUUCGCAAACAACUUACCGCGCAGUGCCGGCAAGCCAAGCUUCUCCCCAACGAUACGCGGGGCUCUCCUACCACCAAUAGCUCCUCCUCUCCGAUGUUCAUUCUGAAGAGUUUCCUUCGAGGAUUCGCUACGAACACGGCGCGCCUCGUACCGGAUGGCAGCUAUCGUACGGUGGUAGGGAACCAGACGGUGGCGAUCCAUCCGUCGAGCGUGUUGUUUGGCAAAAAGGUGGAGGCGAUCCUGUACAACGAGUUUGUUUUUACGAACCGUAGUUACGCGCGUGGGGUGAGCGCCGUGCAGAUGGAUUGGGUCGGAGAAGCGUUGUCUGGGUAGGAUUUUCUUGGUACUCAGUAGACUAUGUCUGCUUGCUU